AUGUGCUUAUUGAGCGUCAACAAGAAAUUCGAAAUGGAAAAGUAUUCAAGUUUGACGAAUCGCUAUCAAGUUCGAGAAUCGCUUAGAAGUUUGCGAGCAUUAUGGACUCCAGUUCGAAUGAUGCUGUUCGUUCAAAUCUAUUUCAUCGUCGGAAGUUUUCUCGUCUACACCAAUGAUUCACUUCAGGAAAUUCCGCGCGUAAUACUUAUAAUGGAGUGUAAUUCGAUAUAA